AUGCAUCGCCCGCUCACAGCAACAGGCCGCGUUUUGCGCCUCAGCCUCCGAUCCUCAUCGCCCAGAUCGCACAGCACAGCGACGCUCGAUUCACGAACAAGCCUCUGCGUUUUCUGCCAGCACCGGCAAUCGGCGCACUCCAGGCUUCCGCCAGCUUCCGCUCAAGGAAUUGCUGCGAUUCGGACCGUGGCAACAUCGUCACCCAAAUCCCGCCCCUCCGCAGCCCCAUCGGCAGAAGACUCGGCCCCUUUGACAGAACUCACGCCCGACAUCUCCAACCAUUACACUAUCUUUCCAAAGACCUUGCCGCAGGGCCCGCCUCCCGCGAGCCCCUUUGACAUUCCCGCCUCAGACCUCCGCCGUGAAUUCUUAGCCUUGCAAGGGCACAUCCACCCCGAUAAAUACCCGUCGGGGGCAGCAAAGCAACGCGCCGAAGCCCUCUCCGCACGAAUAAAUGAUGCGUACCGCACGCUGCUUGAUCCUUUAAACCGAGCGCAGUAUCUACUUGCGUUCCAGCACGGGAUAGACGUGACGUCGGAGGAUGGAGCGAAAAAAUAUCCCCAAGACACCGAAACGCUGAUGCAAGUCCUGGAGGCCCAGGAAGCGAUUGAAGAAGCGGAGGGUGAAGCGACGAUUUUGGAGUUGAAAAGCGAAAACGAGCGACGAGUCAACGAAACGAUACAAGUACUGGGAGAGGCUAUUGAUCAGGGAGAUGUUGAUCGGGCCGUAAGGGAAUGCGUGCGCCUGCGUUUCUGGUAUAGCAUUCGUGAUGUCUUGAGGGAGUGGGAGCCGGCUGGGCAUCAAACGCCGCCGCUGCCCACGCUGAAACUUCUUUCGAACACCUCAGGGCAACGAGUCGAGCAAGUUCACCGUUCUACAGGCUGCCUUGGAACGCGAUAUCGGGCCCAGCAUGAUCCCUUAAUCGAACUGCUGUAUGAGGCUGUAUUCCGAGUAGCUCUCGUCGUUCGAGCCAGCAUGCCGUUGCGAGACAGAGCACGCAGGAGAUUGGCAGAUCCGACCACUUGCUCAAGGACGGAUGGAAAUCUCAAGCAGUUUGUUACAUCGAUGGCUCGAUAUCGACGUGCGCCAUUUCCCAACGCCAACGCCAGUGCCCGUCCCGCGAGCCAAAAAAAGCCCUCUCGACGCUGCAGCGACCGGGUGCCGCGGGCGUUGGGUAUCGAACAUGGGCCAAAAUGCGCGAGUAACCGGCGCUGUGAUUCGACGCUGACGGGGAUCAUCUGGACGUCCCAUCUGCAGAGAGCCCUUCUUCCCUGGACGCUGCAUGCAUCUGGCCCGCGGGAGCAAAUCGCAGGUCGACUCGGGAACGGGUUCCAUCGAAAAUUCCAAAGCACGGCGAGGCCUCGUUUGGCCCGCUGGCUGCCCAUUGACCGCCCCAAGACUCUCUGCGUGGAUCCAACCGCUAAUGGGAAUGCAGCCGUGAUCGCGUCGGCAGGCGACAGCUGGCCGCUUGGAUUAUUGACACGACAGCGCAUCUACUGGCUGCCCUGCUCCAUGCAGCCAUGGCUCUCUGGCCACCGCGCAGCCUGCGCUAGAGACGAUAUAUAUUGCCUUGCGAAUACCGCAGUCGACGCUGUGCAAGCGAAACACCCCCGAGUUUCUUUUACUGCUGUGGAAGCCAGCAGUCUCUUUUCUCCUAUUUCUCUACGCCUAGAGCUCUACAGUUCAAGCCAUCCUGCUGUGGGAGUAUCACCCACUGGAGCGCUGAGGGAAAUGGCACGGCCAGCCCCAGAUUUCAAUAGUAUCAUCCACUCGCCCCCGUUUACCUUCCUCGUCGGCCCGGACCAUAUCAAACUCACCAUCCAGUCGGGCCUCGCUCGACAUGUCUCCCAACCGCUGGAUGAGUUGAUGAACAAUGGCCACACUCGCGAGUCAAGACAUCACAUCGCGGUCCUGGAGGAAGAAGAUGUUGAGACCUUUGUCGGGUUCUGUGAAUUUGCCUACACCGGCGACUACACGGUUCCACGUCGACGAACGGGCGCAGAGACGAAACCACACGGCGUAGCGUUUGCCGACCCGCCAAUGGUCGGCGCCAUUCCGCCGCCUGCCCCAUCUCCCCCGCAAACACCAGGUUUCGGCGAUGAAGGGGCGGCGGACGAAUCGAGGUUUGAGGACGGCGGGGACGUUGCCGUGCAAGAUGAUGCGACUGAGGCAUUGCCGGACGCUGGGAAAAAGGGGAAGAAAGCUAAGAACAAGAAGAAGAAGGGCGGAAAGUCAUUCGACGAAGCAUUGACUCCGCCCAGCACUCCGCCGCCGAUGGCUGAAGGUGAAAAGGAAGAACCAAAAGAAGAACCGCCCACAGAGGAGGGCCAGGGUGAGGCUGCGGGUGCUGAAUGGUUCGACCAGGAGGCUCCAAAGAAGAGCGAAGAGACCUCGAGGCCGAAGCCACUCCGCCCAGAACCUCAGAAUCCCUUUUUCUUUUCCCGUCGCUCCAGCGUAACUCUCUGGGAUGAAUUCACCGCGCUUCAAUAUGCCCAGCAGCAGCACAAAUCCGCCAUGGGCUUACCGUCUCCUAUCCUCCGCAGUGUGUCAUCGUACGCCAGCGAUUCCUCUAGCCAGGAUCCAUACGUCCUCUUCCACGCGAAGCUCUACCGUUUUGCAUCUCGCUACCUCAUCCCAACCCUAGCGCAGCUAUGCCUGAUCAAAUUGCACCAUGACCUGGUCAACUAUCCGCUUACGGCCCCUCUGGACAACACAAGGCCCACCAACAUCCCAAUGAUCCUCGAACUCCUCCACUUCGCCUACACCAAUACCAAACGCGACGAUCCGGUAUUCGCUCUAACCACCGCAUCUGCCGCCCGCGAGAACCAACUUCGCAAGCUCGUCACGCACUUUGCCGCGUGUAAAGUCAGGGACCUGGCCGGCUACCAACCCUUGGCCUACUCGCCAACUUCUUACGGCACACCCGAGAUGGGUCUCGCUGGCAAGGAUGCAGGCUUGUCAAGCCUUACGAUCCCUCUCAACCUUGGUUUCCGCGACCUUCUCGACGGUAUCGGUGAAAUGGCAUCUGACCUUGUGUAUCGCAUGAUGUGA